AUGUCAGGUGCAACGCAAGAGUGUAUACCAUCCCGUGGCAAUGGCGAAGUGAGUGUGAAUGAACCAGAACCGUUGGUUAAUGUGCCGGAUUCGAACGAAUCCUCGCCAGGCAGCAGUAGCCAUAAUAUGCUCGUUGCUACAAACUAUCAAAAUAACAUCAACAUCGGUAGCACAGGAGUGUCCUCUCGGCGCUUUUCAACGUCGCUACACUCCUCAUCAUCCUGGGUUUCCUCUCCGUCACCCACCCCGUCCGCCUGUGGUUCUUCAAAGCUGAGCAGCGGUUCUGGUAGUUUUAAACCACUGCCGUUGGCGACUUUAAGCAUUGGCAGUAGUGUUAUGGCAACGGUUAAUAACUCAGCUGCUGGUAUUAGUACUACUGGUAGCAGUAAUACGGCGAACUAUCACAAUUUCAUCGGACGGCUGAUUAGUAAGGACAACAUGUUGCUGAUAAGCGAGGACGUAAUCGAAGUUGGUCGCAAUUCAUCCAAGUCGCUGGUCGAUUUUCAUGUUGGAAAAAACAGCUUCGUCUCUCGAAAGCACUUCAUCAUUCAACAUGAUAUGAACGACGAGUUUACGCUGUUCUGCCUUAGCAAGAACGGUGUCUUUAUUGACAACGUAUUUCAUCGUAAAAGUGGCGAACCGUACAAAUUACCGAAACUAUGCAGUAUCCGCUUUCCAAGUACGAAUAUCAAAAUCCAGUUCGAAAAUCUGAUUGGUCUAGCCAACAAUGGUAUUAUGAUCGAUUUAAACGAGUAUACACCAGUAAAAAUCACUGGCUGUCCCAUGAGCAUCCCACUGCAAAAUAUCACCAGCAAUAGCGUGGGCAGCGGCGGUAGCAGUACCAGCACCGGUGGUGCUCUCUGCGUUUCGGGCAACAAAUCACCAUCGUGCAGCGUAAUCUAUGCGCCACUAAAAAUUUCGAUUCCUUCCGAGCAGGGGGCUAGCGGUGGAACCGGGCAGGGCCUUCUGAACGACAUUCCGCGUGGACGCUGUCGUGGUAGUCUUGUUGGUGGCGUAAGUGGAGGAAGUGGUGGCCGUGGUAGUGACAUACACGGCGGUGGUGGAGGAAGUGUCGGCAGCGGCUACCCGUCGCCGACGGGUACGAUAAGUGCUGCAAGUAGCUGCCCAACUAGCCCUAGGCAAAACGUCCACGACUUUGCCCAGUACAGUAGCAAUCAUCAUCCUCAUCACCAUCAUAGCAACAUUAGUCACUCUACUGGCACCAAUACCAACAACAACAAUUAUUCUGAAUUUCAAGCACCUGCUACACAAUCUUUGGAAAGUGACAAACCAUCGUAUAGUUAUGCGCAGCUUAUCGUGCAAGCUAUAUCUGCAUCGCCAGAAAAACAGUUAACAUUGUCUGGAAUCUACUCGUUUAUAUCGAAAAAUUAUCCCUAUUAUCGUGCCGGCGCUAACAAGGGUUGGCAAAAUUCAAUCCGUCAUAACUUGAGCCUCCAUCGUUAUUUCAUCAAAGUGCCAAGGUCACAAGACGAACCGGGCAAAGGCAGCUUUUGGCGGAUAGAUCCAUCCAGCGAGCUGAAGCUGAUCGACCAGAGCUAUCGGAAAUGCCGCCAACGAGGUUCGCAAUGUUUUCGUUCUCCAUUCGGUAUGCCAAGAUCUGCGCCGGUUUCUCCUAAUUAUACGGACAACUCGCGCGAAGGUUCCCCAAUCAACGAAGAGCUGCUGCUGUCUGCACCAGGUUCUCCCGGACAGAACAAUAGUAGCUACUCUGCGAACAAUCAUGAUGGUUCCCAGCAAUCUUCCUACCAGAACCAAUACGUAGCUUAUGCCAGUGCUGAUCACCAUCCGACCGAAGUUUAUGAAGAAGAUGAGCAGAUGGAAUAUGAAAGCGACAACUACGAACCAUGCAACCAGCGUCAGAAGAUGUAACUGUCUCCUCAUUGUGACGCAAUUUUAUACGGUUGAUAUGCAGCUGUCAGCUGUAACGCUGAACGAC